ACGGGAGAUGCGUAAAUUGGACAUAAAUCCUUAUACUUAUUGUCAUUUAUGAGGAUAAGUACAAUGGAAUAAAAUCACGCGCCAAUCUUUUUGCAACGUCGUGAAAGGCAUUAUUGACUGUUGAAAUAAUAAAGCUAUAUUUUACAGUUGUAGAUGUACGUGGGUCCAUACGAUUUACGUAUUCGGGGGGAAAUUAAACGGAUCACACGCACGACCUAUUGUCAGAAGAUAUAUACCAAUGGACUGGAGUUGACCAUGAGAGAUCCUAUGGUUGAUACACGUAACAGCUAAUGUUGGGUUGUGGAGAGCCAAUAAGUUUCAAAACCACGCAUGUUCUUAAAGAGUUUUGAUGUGAACAAGGCUUGUCAACUGUGAUUAGAUAUUUGUAGCAUUAUGGAGCGUGGAAUAUUGUGUAUUUUGCUGUUGUUGGCCCACUUAGACUAUAUAGCGGGGAGAGUAAUAAAUUCUAAAGAUCGGUGCAGUGCAAAGGCUGACGUUAUUUUCUUAAUACCAAGAACAGCUAACAAUGGCACAGCUGCUGAUUUCGAGACGUUUUCGCCCCUUGAAGAAUUUACUACCAAAGUUAUUAAUUAUUUCAAUAUUAAAGAAACCGCUUACAAUGUCGGUCUUGUGAUGUACGGCAGAAUGGCCGUUGUUAUGACGCAUCUUCGACCAUACCGGAACCGGAAGUUGCUCAACACGGGAGUUUCACUAAUGUCAAAUACAAAACGAUUCAAGAAAGAACUCGCAGGUGAGGUCAACGUGAUAGACGCUCUAACGGUUAUGACGGAUAUGUUUACCAAUAAAUUACAACGGCCAAAUUUUGAUCCGAAGAACACCGUCAAAAAGAUUGGUGUUUUGAUUUUAAGAAAUGAAACUUUAAUAGUUAAUACUGAAGCUGUAAACAUGGCAGCAAAAAUGCAACGAAAGGGAAUUACUCUGUAUGUGGUCAUGGAGGGAACAUCUGGUGCAGAAUUUGCAUUGGCCGUAGCAACGGAUGUGUGUAAAGUAUAUACUGUGGACAACCUUGGCGCAGACCUGGACCGGAUAUUGCCUUAUUUCGGCAAUAGCCUGUGUGGAGUUACCAACAAUGACAUGGCCAACAUUACGGCGCCAGACGCGAUGAGUAAUUGUCAGCCAGCAAUUAUCUACACGCCACCCGCUGCCCCGCACAACGUCACCUGUGACGAAGUCUUCAUCAACGAACUGAAGGCCGAUGUGAACAACUGUGCCUACUUCUACCGUUGUGAUGGGAUUGUUCCAGAAAGGUUGCGUUGCUAUGCCGGUGACGUAUUUGACGGAUCUACGCAGACUUGUAGCCAUAGGAACUCAGUCACGUGCUAUUCUCAGCUGGUUUGUCCUCGACCCACGGGUCUGUUCCCGUACCCAGGGGAAUGUCGGCGGUUCCUGAACUGUUACGAGGGUUUGCCUUACGUACAGAGUUGUCCUUUUGGACUAAUAUUUGACCAGAACAAAAAACGAUGCGUACUUCCGAGUGACACUGCAUGUCAAUAUUAAAUGUUGUAAUCAAAAGCACAGUAUGUGAUCCCAUUUCUUUUUCAUUUCAAUCUAAGUUAUUGCUAUACUUGAUGGGAUGACGUCAAUAACCUAUAUUGUACGUAAGCCUGUAACUAUUCACAGAAAAUACAAUGUUACCAAUUAAGCUCGUGGUGGUACAGUCAAAAUAACGACUAACACCAGAAAAUAAUGCAUUAGAACAAGCCAAGCCACAUUUGUAAAGUAUAAUUAAAUAUGUCAGAUCCGACACCAUGAGGAUGUGACUUCACUUUUUUGCGAACACAAAUCUUCACAAAUAAAGUCGUCUGAAGCAUAGUGUAGCGAAAAUGGAAUCAUUUACAGCGUCAAUUUUCAAGAAGUAAAUGUCUAUUGUGUUUACAGUAUUGUAAGGAAAUAGAUUGGAAUCAAAUUUUGUUCCCAUUGAAAGUAAAUGAAAUAUUUAAAUCACACCAUCUUAUUGUCGUAGAGUAACUUCUCCGUUCGUAUCGGUCAGAAUAAUUCCAUGAUUUGGAUAACACGGUGAUAAAAAAUUAAU